AGCCUGAUCACACUGACCUGUCGCUAGAGUCGCCAGAACGUCCAAACAGUAUACUAGUAACAGCCACCCCGGUGGACCCAUCUGUAACAACGUUCAAGAGUUGAGAAGUCACGGUGACUUGGAGCGGUGCCAGCGGCUGCGACUUCAGACCUCUUGCCAGUCUGAGUCCUGUCAUUUGAUUUUCCUUGUUCAGUUCUAGUCGACUCUCAUCUUCAAAAUGUACAACAGGAGGAUGUGGUCUAUGCCACUGUGUCUGUUACUGGUGCUAGGGAUACACUUCUCCACCCAGGACAUGGUUACUCUGGCUCCCAGUGAAGGUGAGGCCGAGGUUCCAGAACCUGACUCAACAACCCCAAAGCUGAAAGUGAAGCCGAUCAUCCGCUCAUUGCAUAUCACAUCAGAUAUCAAGUAUCGUUAUGCCACAACUCUGGUCUCCAGCAGGGUUGUCAACCCCUCAGAUCAGGCUGGUGAAGCUGUCUUCUAUGUCACCCUGCCUGAGUCAGCGUUCAUCUCAGAGUUUCUCAUGGAAGUCAAGGACAAAGUGUACAAGGCCUAUGUGAAGGAGAAGGAGGAAGCCAAAGCUGUAUAUGACCAGGCCGUUCAAGCAGGCCAGUUUGCAGGACAUGUAGCUCUGGAUGCCAGAGACUCAAACCAAUUUUCGGUGUCUGUGAAUAUCGAAGCUCAUGGAAAAGUAACUUUCAACCUGACCUAUGAACAGCUGUUGUCCAGAAAUCUGGGGGUUUAUACAAACACUAUUAACAUCAACCCUUCACAGAUCGUAGAGGACAUGUCUGUAACAGUUAACAUUGAAGAGCCGACAGCUAUCAAGGACUUGGAAGUGCCUGAACUUCAAAUUUCCAACGAAGUUGUGGUCGAUAAACCAAACUCCCUUGCAAAAAUAGAAGAAAAGAGUCCUACCCACAAAGUAGUUGUCUGGGCGCCAACUCCAGAAGAACAGAAAAGUCAAAACGCCACAGGACUCAGUGGUCAGUUUGUUGUCAAGUAUGAUGUGGACCGAGAAAGCAACCCGCAGCAAAUAUUGGUGGAUGAGGGCUACUUUGUUCAUUUCUUUGCACCUGAGGAUCUGCCCCAGCUGAAGAAGCACAUUGUGUUUGUUUUGGACUACAGUGGCUCUAUGGGUGGUAGAAAAUUGGAACAGCUUAAGGAAGCAAUGGAUAAAAUCUUAUCUGAUCUCAGCCCUAAGGACCACUUCAGCAUUGUUGUUUUCCAGAGUUAUGUGGAGGCCUGGUCUCCAACAGCAAUGUACAGUUCAGCAACUGAACACUUGUCCAGAUGGGAUAUAGAAGCAAAGCCUGAGAUUAUCCGUAAUACCACCUUAGACAAAAGAUUUGUCAUUGAGGCUACACCUGAAAAUAUAGCGUCAGCUCGUGCUUAUCUGGAGAACUAUUCUGACCUUGGAGCAACAAACAUAAUGGGAGGACUGAGGACGGGACUGGAACUGGUUUCUAUCGGCUCUGAUUUGUGGAGCAAUGAGAGUGACCCGCCCCAACCUGUUGUUGUCUUUUUGACAGACGGAGAACCAAACGUCGAAGAGUACAACACAGAUGCUAUUAUCAACAAGACUAAGCCUCUCAACACCAAGGACUGUCCCAUCUUCAGCUUGGCCUUCGGGUAUGGUGCAGAUUUCAAUUUUCUACGUAAGCUGUCAUUGUCAAAUUAUGGUUUUGCUCGAAACAUAUACGAGGCAGCGGAUGCUACUGACCAACUGAAAAACUUCUAUAAAACCAUUUCCUCACCUCUGCUUUCCAAUGUGACGUUCACUUACUUGCCUGGACAGGUUGACAACUCUUCAAGGACUAAAAUUGAUUUUCCUGUAUUCUUCAAUGGCUCUGAACUUGUGGUUGCUGGAAAAAUAAACAACAAUGAAAUAAAGGAGAAAGAAACAAUUGGAGAACUCAGUGGUCAUACUGCAAAUGGGUUCCACAGAUAUCCAAUAAUUAUUGAUUUUAUCCCUAUAAUUGUGAAACCAAAAAACAGAACUUUUGGACACCUGGAAAAGACGUGGGCUUAUUUGACAAUCCAGCAACUUUUGGACAAGGCCGACUCAUUGGAUAAAACUGAAGAGAGAAACCAAACAAAAGAAGAAGCUCUUAACCUAGCUUUACAGUACUCUUUUGUGACUCCGCUCACUUCUCUUGUUGUCGUCAAGCCGAACGAAACUGAGUCUGCUGUGGACACGACACAAGUGAAACCUGGUAAACCAGGACUUUGUGCUGUCAAUAGUUUUGACAUACAUCACAGAGGCCAGCAGUAA